AUGCGGAGAAUCAGGAAUGCAGACAGAGCUAGGGCGUACCCCGCAGGCGACGCGUCGGAUGACCGCCGUGAUCCGGCGACAAAUGGGCAACGGCUACCGUAUCAAGAGCGGAUACGGCUAAAGAAGCAAGCUCAGAGGAAGAGGAAGAAGAAGAGAGAGGCACGGAGAACCACCAGGAAACUACGAAUCGGCACACUCAAUGUGGGAACGAUGACUGGUAGAGGAAAGGAGACUGUUGACAUGAUGGAAAGACGGAGUAUCAACAUCCUAUGCGUACAGGAGACCAAGUGGAAAGGAGCGAAGGCCAGAGAAAUGGGUAAUGGGUACAAGAUGUACUACGUAGGACACGACACUAGAAGGAACGGCGUCGGGACAGUGCUAGACCCUGAGAUGAAGGAAGGUGUGCUGCAGGUUCACAGGGAAUCUGACCGUGAACAUAAAGAUAACCAACACCUGAAAUAUUUACCGAAUGCCCACGGUCGUAAGAAGUGGACACGAACGCGACAGCUUCAAUCUAAGCAGGAAUAUGGAUGCCUGUAA